AGAAGGGGACCUGGUGCUGGGACUUCCCUACGGGCCCCCCGCCGCCCCCCGGAGGGUCCAUCUUGGCGUCAUCAGUGCUUCGGUGGAGCAGGCUCCUGUCGGAGGCCUUCCCUGCUGGCACCUGGCUUCUUGCUCAGUAGUCGCUGCGGCGCUCCUGCCCUCUUGGACUCACGGCCGCUCUCUCUUCCAGAAUUUGGUGUCCACCUGGCGGAGCUGACCGUGGACCCCCAGGGGGCCCUGGCCAUUCGUCAGCUGGCGUCGGUCAUUCUGAAGCAGUACGUGGAGACGCACUGGUGUGCCCACUCGGAGAAGUUCAGGCCUCCAGAAACCACGGAAAGGGCAAAGAUCUUCAUCCGGGAGCUGCUGCCCAGCGGGCUGAGGGAGUCCAUCAGCAAGGUGCGCUCCAGCGUGGCCUACGCCGUGUCGGCCAUCGCCCACUGGGACUGGCCGGAAGCCUGGCCCCAGCUCUUCAACCUGCUCAUGGAGAUGCUGGUGAGCGGAGACCUGAACGCCGUCCACGGAGCCAUGCGCGUGCUGACAGAAUUCACGCGGGAAGUCACGGACACACAGAUGCCCCUCGUCGCCCCCGUCAUCCUCCCCGAGAUGUUCAAGAUCUUCACCAUGGCCGAGGUGUACGGCAUCCGGACCCGCUCCCGCGCUGUGGAGAUUUUCACCACGUGUGCCCACAUGAUCUGCAACAUGGAGGAGCUGGAAAAGGGUGCAGCCAAAGUCCUCAUCUUCCCGGUGGUGCAGCAGUUCACCGAGGCCUUCGUGCAGGCCCUGCAGAUCCCCGACGGGCCCACGUCCGACAGCGGCUUUAAGAUGGAAGUCCUCAAGGCGGUGACCGCCCUGGUGAAGAACUUCCCCAAGCACAUGGUGUCCUCCAUGCAGCAGAUCCUGCCCAUCGUCUGGAACACCCUGACCGAGAGCGCGGCCUUUUACGUGAGGACAGAGGUCAACUACACGGAGGAGGUGGAGGACCCUGUGGACUCGGACGGCGAAGUCCUGGGCUUUGAAAACCUCGUCUUCAGCAUUUUCGAGUUUGUCCACGCGCUGCUGGAGAACAGCAAGUUCAAAAGCACGGUCCGGAAAGCCCUGCCGGAGCUGACCUACUACAUCCUGCUGUACAUGCAGAUCACCGAGGAGCAGAUCAAAGUGUGGACGGCCAACCCCCAGCAGUUCGUGGAGCAGGACCUGCUGCUGGCCGUGGCCACGGAUUUCCAGGGCGAGAGCGCAGCCGCCCUGGCUGCCGCGGCCACUCGGCACUUACAGGAAGCCGAGCAGACCAAGAACAGCGGCGCCGAGCACUGGUGGAAGAUCCACGAGGCCUGCAUGCUGGCGCUGGGCUCGGUGAAGUCCAUCCUCACCGACAGCGUCAAGAGCGGCCGGGUCCACUUCGACAUGCACGGGUUCCUGACCAGCGUGGUCCUGGCCGACCUCAACCUGGCAGUGUCUCCCUUCCUCCUGGGUCGGGCACUCUGGGCUGCCAGUCGGUUCACUGUCGCUAUGUCCCCUGAAUUGAUCCAGCAGUUCCUGCAGGCAACAGUUAGUGGCCUUCAUGAGACGCAGCCCCCGUCCGUGCGGAUCUCGGCCGUGAGAGCCAUCUGGGGUUACUGUGACCAACUGAAAGCCUCGGAGAGCACGCAUGUCCUCCAGCCCUUCCUGCCCAGCGUGCUGGACGGCCUCAUUCACCUGGCCGCGCAGUUCAGCUCCGAGGUCCUCAACCUGGUGAUGGAGACGCUGUGCAUCGUGUGCACAGUGGACCCCGAGUUCACAGCCAGCGUGGAGAGCAAGAUCUGCCCCUUCACCAUCGCCAUCUUCCUCAAGUACAGCAACGAUCCCGUCGUCGCCUUGCUGGCUCAGGACAUCUUCAAGGAGCUGUCCCAGAUCGAAGCCUGCCAGGGCCCCAUGCAGAUGCGGCUGAUCCCCACGCUGGUCAGCAUCAUGCAGGCGCCAGCAGACAAACUCCCCGCAGGGCUGUGCGCGACAGCCAUCGACAUCCUGACCACCGUGGUGCGCAGCACGAAGCCGCCGCUCUCCCAGCUGCUCGUCUGCCAGGCGUUCCCCGCGGUGGCGCAGUGCACCCUGCACACGGACGACAACGCCACCAUGCAGAACGGCGGAGAGUGCCUGCGGGCCUACGUGUCGGUGGCGCUGGAGCAGGUGGCGCAGUGGCACGACGAGCAGGGCCACAGCGGGCUGUGGUACGUGAUGCAGGUGGUGAGCCAGCUGCUGGACCCCCGCACCUCCGAGUUCACCGCCGCCUUCGUGGGCCGCCUGGUCUCCACCCUCAUCAACAAGGCCGGGCGGGAGCUGGGCGAGAACCUGGACCAGAUCCUGCGUGCCAUCCUCAGCAAGAUGCAGCAGGCGGAGACGCUGAGCGUCAUGCAGUCCCUGAUCAUGGUGUUCGCCCACCUGGUGCACACCCAGCUGGAGCCCCUCCUAGAGUUCCUGUGCAGCCUGCCCGGGCCCACCGGCAAGCCCGCCCUGGAGUUCGUGAUGGCCGAGUGGACGAGCCGGCAGCACCUGUUCUACGGCCAGUACGAGGGCAAAGUCAGCUCCGUGGCCCUGUGCAAGCUGCUCCAGCACGGCAUCAACACGGACGACAAGCGGCUGCAGGACAUCCGCGUGAAGGGCGAGGAGAUCUACAGCGUGGACGAGGGCGUCCGCACCCGCGCCAAGGCCGCCAAGAACCCCGAGCGCUGGACAAACAUUCCUUUGCUGGUCAAGAUCCUGAAGCUGAUCAUCAACGAGCUGUCCAGCGUCAUGGAGGCCAACGCUGCCCGCCAGGCCGCCCCCGCGGAGUGGGGCCAAGACGACUCCAACGACAUGUGGGAGGACGAGGAGGAGGACCAGGAGGACGAGGAGGAGGGCGGGGGCUUAGCGGGCCAGCUCCUGUCUGACAUCCUCGCCACAAGUAAAUACGAGGAGGACUACUACGAGGACGACGAGGAGGACGACCCCGACGCCUUGAAGGACCCCCUCUACCAGGUGGACCUGCAGGUGAGGGCACAGGAGCCGGGCUCGCCCGCGCCCGUUCAUCCUGCGGCCUUGGGCCGAGUUCCUGUCUUGCUGGGGGCGUGGG